AUUAUGUAGUCUGUCACACCACAUGCAGACAAACUUAACUACUUUACUGUGUAAUCUAUUUCCGUAACACGACUUUCAACUAACAUAUUUUUUUUUUUUGUAAUAAUUGUGCAAUAAAUAUUUGUUCAAUACUUAUUUGAAUAUUAUAAUCGUCAGUAUUGUAUCAACGGACGGUGCAUAACCGAGCACGAGAACAUAAUCCCGGACUAUUCGCAGCACACGCCAAGCUAUGUACGACCAGAGACUAGCCCCUUCUAUGGUAACAUCACAAGCCGCCACUAAUGGUAGGAGCGGGCCGAGCACAGAAAGACUGCCACGCCGGCGACGGACAGACGCCGGUACUCUAUAUAAAAAAAUGUUGGUUACCGCACAUCCCGAACAUUGCGAACAUAACAUUCGCACUGACAGACAGUGUGAACGAGACAACGAUGUAACUGAUAAGUUCGUAUUAUAAAUAUACUAGGACUUCGUCAGUGUAAAAAACCUUUUUUUGUACGUAUUUAGUUCCAAUUUAUGUCACUUUGAUUGUUACAAAAACUUGUAUAAUUUUUAAUAAUAUCAAAAUUAAAUGAGUUUAAAAAAAAAAUUAUAACACUAUAGAAGUUGACAGUACUUUUUGUAAAAAUGAAUGUUGCAAUUUUUUACUUUUUGUAUAAUCUUAUAUUAUUAUAAUUAAUGAUUAAUAUUGCAAUAAACUUGUGUGUGUACAUAAAAUAAUUAAUAAGUUCUUGUUAUAUGUAAUUAUUUCAUUCAUUUAAUUUUCAGGUUUAAAUAAACUUGUGUUAUUUUUAUUUUUUUGUAUUGUAUUAUGUCUCUUUGUAACUAUAAAAUAAACAUGUGAUUUAAACGAACAAAUAAUUCAAUUGCAACGAAUUUUAAUUAAAUAUAUAUAUAUAUAUAUAUAUAUAUAUAUAUAUAUAUAUAUAUAUAUAUAUAUAUAUAUAUAAGAGUUCAAUAAAAAACGCAAUGAAAUAAAUAUAUUUUUUGUAAUCACAACGAAUUUUUUUUUUAUAAAUAAUAUAAUAAUAUAUUAUGUGAUAUUUUGAACAAAUACAUACAUUUAUAAAUAAAUAAGAUCAAGCAGAUGGGAUUGCUUUGCUUGUUUUUAUUUCAAUAAUACUAUUAAUAAAAUAAUGUUUAAUAAUAUUGUAAUUACAGCUGUACCUAUGGGAUGUGCGUUUAUGUGUGUGCGUUAAAAUGUGUCCUGAAGACAAAAAGAAACUUAAAUGAAAGUGUCAGGCGCAACUCUAUGAGUGAUAUUAUGUGAUUGUUUUAUUUUAAAAGAGAUCUGAACUUUUUAAGUACAUUUAGUUUUAGAUUAUUAAAUAAAUCUGACGAUACGCGAGUGAUCUGAAAUAUUUUAUGAUAAUACUCUGAGAAAAAUCAAUCUAUGUUUUAAUAGCGUUACGCUGAUAGAAAACUGCCACGACGUGCCUUUUACACGAUGUGUUUCUUUAUUGCCCGAGAAAGUUAUGAAAAUUCACUGGAUUUUUUUUUAAAUUUAAUAUUUGAUAUCCAAACUCAUGAACUUUUCAAUAAAAUCUGUCAAAUUUCUCCGCUUGAUUUUGACCCUUAAUGUUAUAUGAGAAAUUGACAUAUUGUGGUAAAUGACGUGCUGCCAUGUGUACACAAAGAGCCAACACAAGAUGAUUUAUAAGCUAAAAAAACUUUUUUGUCAUUGAAAAAUAGGUUUGUUACUACAAAACGCCUGUAGAAUUGAUAUUUAUCUUUAAACCGUAGGUCGUAAAAGUCAAUAUUGAUUACUUAAUUUGCAGUGUUAUUCUGUAAUAAAAUCUGCGCUGUCACAGCAAAGAGGUUUAAUCGUUUGUUAAACCUCUAUUUUCUUUUUGGAGUUUUUUUUUUCUUCUUUUGGCGUCACACGGUUUGUGUAUUUGCCAGUCUUUUUGGAGUUUAUUUGUUUGAACCUCUAUUCUGGGUUAGCGAUGCGUUCAAGUGGUACACAUUUUUUUAAUUACGAAUAUAAACUUUCUCGGGAAAUUAAAAAUUCACAGUGUAUUCAAAUAUAUUGUUAAGAGCAAAAGUUGAUAAUUUUUGCGAAAUAAGUUGCAUAUUAGUGUAUUAUUUUUUGUGUGUUUAAUAAUUAUCGUUUUAAGUGCGACUGGAUCGCUGCUGACUUCGACUAUUUUUAUUUUUCACGUUUUUUUUUUAUAUUAGUGAAUAAUUUUAUUUUUCACCCUGUUUUGUCAAAUUAUUUGGAAUUUUAUUUUAUGUAAUAAAGAUUAAUGUUAUGAUUUAAUUAAGCUGUUUUAUGAGAACUAUUUAUAUGUGACAUAGGUCUUUAAUUUUAAAGUUACCAAUAGAAUAAAAAAAAAUGUUAAAAAAAAGACAAAUUCGAUGAUUGACGAUAAUGACUUAUCGAUGAUUUACUGUGGAUUUUUUUUUAUAUAGAAACUGAUACAUCACUUGCCGUUUUAAUUAUUUAUUACGUUCAAACUAUUUAUGUAUAAAUAAAUAUAUUCUUGUAACAUCACGAAUGUCUAAAUUUUAAGAAAAAAAUAUAAAAUAACGAAACAUUGAAUAUUGUCGUUUUAUUAUGAACUCGCACCUUCCCAUGUUGAUAUUAUUCAAUUUUAAACUUACAGAGUUUUACAGAUUUCUUUCUACUACUCAUACGA